AUGCGACCCGCGACUGUAAUUGUGACGCUUAUCUCCCAGGGCUUAUUUGUGGCUGGGCGUAAGACGAAUGACGUACAGCAACCAGAGGCAAGUGCUUUUGACACACACAUAGAUGCACAAAAUUCACAUCAAGAACCAUGGGAAAAGGGUCCGCUGGUAGAAAGAUGGCAACAAUGGAUUCGACGACAAGAUACGAGCGAAACAGACGACAAUGAAACGUCGACAGAACCAAAAUCUGAGACGAGAGAGACUACCAAAGACGAAGAGACGACGACAGAGGACGAGACUACAACCACAGAAGACAAACAAACAACGACAACAGAAAAUCCUGUAUCAACGACUGAAGAGUCAACUACAGAAGCGACGUCAACCGAGCAAUUGUCUUCAUCGUCCACAGUCUCGUCCACCGAAACAUCAAGCGAUCCAACGUCUACAAGAAGUACUGUCACAUCUCUAGAGCAAGGAGCAUCAUGUUAUAGUACAACUGUAUCCACCAGCGUCGUCUGCCACAUCACAACUGACGGCCGCACCGAGAGCGCCUCGUGCAUCACAAACAGGAUGACGUCCAGCACCUGCGCCCCUGGCCUCUUCUGUGAGAUACACCCCGACUCUGGCGCGACGGUAUGUAUGGAGCAGCACAACGAGAUUGGCACAGAAGGCAUAGUCGUGGCAUCAAUUUUUGCAGCUUGUAUCGCAGGCUGUAUGGCUGUCUUGGUGGGCAUGUGCUUGAGGGAUAAGCGUGCGCAGAAGAAGUUUGAGAAUUUGAAGAGAGUCAAGACUCUGAGGACGGCUAAGAGGGAGGAGCAAGCUAACCUAAUGGCUGGAGGACAUAUCUAG